AUAUCAUUAGCGCGCGCUAUUGCGUAAUCUUUGAUUUGUCAACAUGAAUCGACAGGCUCUGUAGUUAUUAAUCAUCAAAACAUUUCACUUUCUAACGACACAGCCCAGUUUGUGGAUAAAUCACGUCUGUCAAACAUAAAAAGUGAAGAGUACCUUUACUCUUUAUGGGGUAACGUCUGUGAUUUGGUUCAUAAUGGCCGAGAAUAUGGUGAAACAAGCACCCGUUGCAGUUCGGCUGACAAGCAGCCGUGCAAGUGGAUCACGAGGAACGGAGAAUGACAAAAACCAACGCCCGAGCUCCUCCGGUGAUGGAGAGAUGUGUUUCGGUGAAGAGUGGCUGGACGAUUGGGAAGAUGAGGCUAUUUUACAUCAGGCAAUGGAUGAAAUAGAUGCAAAUUUGAAGAGCAAUUCAACAUCACUUGGUGCAACCUCUCAGUCUCUCUUACAAACCAGCAUGACCAGUGAUGAAACUGGAAAGAUUUCAGAGGGUGUUUUGAGAACAAUCUGCACUUGUGAAAAGUCUUCAGCUCAAGCUUGGUGUGAGAGGCAGCUUCUUUAUGAUUUCACAUUUGAGGGACCAGUGGAGAUCUUGGAAACAGAAGCCAUGAAAGUUGGCACCGAGAUGCACAUGAAGAGAGAAUUGGAAGUGCAUACCAUCAAACAGAUAGCAGUAAAAACCAAAGAGGAUAAAUGGGCCAUCAAAUUCCUGAACAUUCUUAGUGCUGUCAAUCAACUUUUGCAAGGAGGAGGGGGUGGAUUCUCCAGAUGUGUUGUCAGGGAGAUGCCCAUUUUCGGGAAGCCUUUUCAAAGUGGAACUUUUGUGGUUGGUGUGAUUGAUGAGAUCAGAUACAAUAGUAGGGACCAAUUGGAAGUUGUAGAAUUCAAGACCAGAGCCAAGUCUAGAACCAUUCCAUCAGCACCUCAAAGAAAGGCACACAAACUUCAGGUAAUGCUAUACAAGCAGCUGUUUGAUGAGGCAGUCUGUGGUCUUCUGAAGAAGGAAACCAUCCUAGAAACAAUCGGCCUUGACACUGAAGCUCAAGUCAAUGAUGAAAUAGCCGCUCAUGCCCUCGGGAUGGACCUUGUAUUACCAAAGUUUGGUGACUACCUAGACACCAUGCUAGAACGCUUCCAGUUCCUCUCCAAGAUCGACUCCCUUGCUGUAGAGUACUCCUCGCAAGACGACAAGGAACCGUUUGCUGUCAAUGAAUACCCCUUCGAUCCUGUCUGGCUCAAGGAUAGGUUGGAUUACUACAAUGCAUUCUGGGUAGGUGAGAGGGAGGUGGAAGGGGUCGAAGUGGAAGAGGUUUGGAAGUGCAAUUAUUGCAAUUACAGGGAGGAAUGCGACUGGAGACAGAAGAUGCAUGAGAAGUAUCUCAGUAAGAAGUCUACCAAUAAGGUCAAGAUAGAGAUGACUAAGUGAAAUGUAUAUCAGUGUGGAGAUAAAUAUGGUGCUUAGUUGAGGAUUAAUGUUUCACAAAGAAUUGAGUUGGAAUUUUAGUCAUUCAGAGAUGUCAAUAUCAUACAGCAUUAAAUUCUUCUUGUAGAUAGACUAAAUAUAGCACGAUUAAAUAAUUUGAGCAUGAUUUCAUCCAAUGUGGUACAACAUACAAGUGGGAAUCAUGUGGAAUUCUAAUCUACAUAUACCAAUCUGCAGCCAAGUUUUAGGGAGUUGACAUGGAUUGCAAAAUUACCAUGAAUUUACAGAGCAUUGAACAUGAAUUUAUACACAAUAUGAAUUGAAUUCAUCAUAUAUCAGUGAUAGCUUAUCUGUUGACUUUGGUUCAUGCAUUAUGGGUGAAAGAGGGCAAAAUGAUGUCAUAGUCCUGGUUUUAGUAAAUGAUUUAACAUAGUGAUAAGGAAUUGAAAAUGGUCGGGGAGGGUAAAUUGUAAAUACAACUGUACAUUGAUUUUUGAAAUAUACAUAAAGAUAAAUAAUUAUUAAACUAUAUUUCUUGGUGGUCAGGAUUGAGACCAUACCCCAAGUUUAGAGUUGUGGAUCUAGUUUAAGGCCCUGCUUGGAGUACGACUGUAUGGUCAUACCUCUUCCUAGUCACACAUUAAAGACUGGGCAUUGGUAUCAUCACAUUGGGUUUUGAUACAUUUUAAAAUUAUUCAUGAGGAUUUAGAAUUAAUGUUUUGCUGAAGCCAGAGAGCAAUGCCUGUGUUGUGAAAAUUCAUUCCUUUUUCAAAAUGUAGAGAAUCAAAGGCCAUUUAAAUAUAAGUUGGUGCUAAAGCUUUUACCUCAAUAUGUUUACGAAAUGUUUGAAUGGAUGAAGAGCUAUUUGAUUGAAAAUCACAAACUAAAAUGAAAACAAUCUAGAUGUAUCAUACUUCUUAUGUGUCAGUUGAAUUGAGUUGGAUGUAUUUUUAUGUAUAGGUUUUUUUUUGUAAAUAACAUAAACAAGCAAAUUUACUGAGUGAGCUUGUCAGAUGUACAAUUCAGAUAUAGCCUGGGUAAAUUAAAAUGCAAUACAGUAUACAUGGAAAGGAAAUAAGACACAAUGAAAAUUGAUGCACGUUUAGCUUAAACUAUAUGCAUUCCUGUGUACAUUUGCUUUUUAUUAUUUUUACAUUAUUUGCUAUUUUCUUCUCUUAGAGUCUCUAGUUUCUAGCCUUAAUAUUUUGGAAAAGAUAAGAAAAAAGUGGAUUUUCUUUAGCUGUAUACCAGACUGACUUAGCAAUUACUGUCAAAGUGUAACUAUAGUCGUUGUCAUGAUGGUUAAGUUCUUUAUUGGAAUUGUGAGGGUAAGAUUUGGUUCCUGUCCCUGAGCAAGACAUUUAAUCAAAAUGCUAUUAUUAUUGUUACUCUUAUAUGAAAUAAAAUGUUUAAUUCGAUGGUGGGGGAGAAAUUUUAAAUAGAUUUCACAUUGCAGUAAAGUAUAUUCAUGCAAAAAACAUUAUAUAUCACAGGUGGAAGCUUGUUAUAUGGUACAUUUAUAGUUAUGACCUUGUGUGAGAUAAAUUGUGUAUAUAUUAGGAAAUUUAUACAGAGAUGACUUUACUCUAAGAUUGCUAUUACUAUUUUACUGUGUGAAAUACCUGCCUUAAGAUUUACAUGUAUACUAUUUUAGUAAGCUGCAAUGUUCUGUUCUAAAUGGUAGCAUAUUAAAAUGUAGAAGUUUUUUCAUAAAUUUAGCUGUGAAAUAAAUUGAUAACUUUUGGAUAAAAAGUGCUUGAAAUGUGUCUUGUCAAGUGCCAGGUACAAAUUAAAUGUACAUGUAUUAGGAGUGCUAAUGAUACAGGGAUGCAAAUGUUAUCACAUAAUAAGCAUAGAAUAAGGGGGGCCCUCAACACAUUACGACAUUCACCAAAUAUGCAGUUAUAACAGCUAAAAUUUGCUCUCUCUAUAUAUAUUCAAUGCACUAAAAUUGGCCAAUACAGGCGAGUAUGCCCAAAGCAUUAGUUAAACUCUUGUGACCCUAGCAUUCUGUUUUAACUUAGACAAAUAUUGACUUAGAAGAAUCUGUGCACUAAAAAGUAAGGUUUAAAAUCGGUCACUAAAUCUAACAUCUAACUAAACACUAACAUCCAGUCAAUAUUGGUUCAUGCACACUUAGAUUUGCAAGCUAUUGAAAAUCUUGUGCUACAGGGCCAUGGAUUGAAGAUUGCUUUAUUUUUAGUUGAGUCUUCAUCUUAUGCAGACUUAAAUAUGUGUGACAGAAAGACAUUCCAAACCCUCUUUAUCCUGUGAAAUCUUUAUGCUGUUGGUGCAUGAAUUAUAAUCCAGAUAAAAAUGUAAUUUUUUCUUUUUUACAAAUGCACAAUAAAUAACAAUUUAUACAUAUAUGCAUAGGUGAUAUCAAAUAAUUUUUCUCAAAUUUAUUUAAAGCAUAAUUGCACAAAAUUUCAACUUAUACAGCUAUAAACAUUGUUAUUCUGUCCUAAUAUAACAAAUAAAAUGCCAUGAACACUCAGUAUAAAAAGAUCUUAGGACCAUCUUAAAUGAAAUCAAUUUCAAAUAUAGAAAGCAAGCAACACCAUAAAACUGCCAUCAAAAUGUGGUAAUAAUGGUAUAGGCGAGUCUGCCUUGGUUAUAUCUCUUUUAGAUAACAGAACUUUGGCAAAAUUCAAUUUCAAGAGGUAAAUAAGGCAUGCUUAGCCAGAUCUGGUUCAAAAAUUGCUUUAACAAAGAGAAGAAUGACUUUGCAGACUUUAUAACUGGAUGUUAAUAAUAAAUUUGAGCCAUAGGUAUGCUCCCUUUUUUCUUACAUCUGGAUGCAUGACAAAGUAUGGACUUGAUGGCUUUCUGUAUUUCCUAUCAAUAUGAAUUCAUGACAAGUCUUCUUAAAACAUAAAUAAACCAGUCCCCCCCCAAAAAAAAAAAAAAAAAAAAACCCAAUAUAUUUGUGACUCAUGUAAUGAGGUAAUCUUAAUGGUCCAAAGAAACUAAAUAUUCUGGGUCUCCACUAUAAAUACACAUUUAAGAAAAAAAAAUUGUACAAGAAACAGACAAUGAAAACUCACAUAUAAUUUGUUUAUACUCUUUUGAGUUAAUGAAUGGAAUAGACAUCAAUG